AACGAUCCAGAAGUUUAAUUUCAUUCUUUUCUUUUAAUAAUAAAAAAUGUUCUCAAUUAGUCAGAACUGCUGGUUUGUACAGAAGGUGGUUCGGUGGAGAUCUGUAGCCAGUAUAGCCUGGUCCGUACUGCUGCUGCCUCCCGUGAUCACGCUCCUGGUGUUCCUCAUCCGAUUCAGUCUGUUCCACCCCAUCCAGUGGAUCUCAGAAAGCUUCGGAGUCCUGACCUCGCUGAGUUCGGCGUUCUGCGUCGUCCUCCUGUGCGCCGCCACGUUCCUGGUGGGAUUCUUCAACCUGCAGUAUUACUCGGUGGUUCCGUCCAUCCCGUGUUCCAGAGUGGCCCUGCUGGCGGAAGUGCUUCACCCCACCCAGUGCGUUUACUCUCUGGUGCACUGCGCGGUCGGCAUGCUGGUCAUGUGGUGCGUGUGCGUGAUGGCCGGGGGUCGUUAUCAAGCUCUGCACUCGCCCUGCGCUCAGAACCAGAGUGGCGGCGUGGAAGCGUGUCUGAACGAACAUCAUCUCUUCCUCCUGCUGGCUGGAGCCUUCAUGGGGUACGCUCACAGUCUGAUGGGCGUGGUCCAUAACAUCCACUACGUCUCCUUUCACGUCAUACAGCAGUACAAGUACAUGAGGUUUAAAGGCUCCCUGGCGUGGGUGGUGAAGUGCAGCGCGGUUCAGUCCCUGUACUUCAGCAGGAACUUCAUCCUUCUCUAUUUCUUCUUCGGUCACAUUCCCAGGACGUGGAUGUCCAGCACUCUGAACCUUCCGAUCGACAGUUCUGUACACACUCUGGACUCGCUGGCUGGACUGUGUGAUUUCUCGCUGCUGUAUGAGCUGUGGAUCAGCGGGACGUUCCUGCUGCUCACCUGGUACAUCACCGUGCUGCUCUUCAGGAUCUACGUCGCCGAGCCGUACAGGUUCCCCAUGCAGUCGUUGUUUGCGGAGGAAGCCGAGUGGUGCCUCCCUAAAGCCCUGACCGAGACGAGCUCCCUGGUUAUGAAGUUUCUGGCUCUGCAGGAUUUGGCGUUGCUGUCCCAGCAUUCCCCUUCACGCAGACAGGAAGUCUUCAGCCUCAGUCAGCCAGGUGGACACCCUCAUAACUGGAACGCCAUCAGUAAGGAGUGUGUGUCGCUGCUGAGGGAUCUGACCCAGCGCCUGGUCACUCAUCACGACGCCGUGGCCUCCUCCUCCAACGGCCGAGCCAAACCUCCGUCCGACAGAAGUGACCCCGGGUCCGGCUCCUCGGUCAGCUCAGCCACGUCCGGACCGGAGGACCUUCCCCAGACUCCUCGUCCAAGCGCUCUGAUCAGGACCCCGGCUUCCGUCUUCGGUUCGGCCGCGAGGGACGUGGGCUCCCCCAUGACCGCGCCUUUCACGCCUGACCUGGGCAGCCCCUUCCCCAACCCCGCCGUACAUGCCCUGCUCGGGCAGCAGCCGGUCCAGAGACCCUGGUCGGUUCAGAGUCCUCAUAUCACCAGGAGGAACCCCAAACUCUGGAGCACGUCUGCCGACUCUCAGACCAAUGGAAGCCCCCCGGCGUCUCCCGUUCCCGGCUCCACACCCCCACCUCAACCGCAGAGGCCCAGUCUGCUCUCCCAGUGGCUCCAGAACAGGAAGGAACAGGUCAAAGGUUUCCUCUCCAAGCGGGGGCUGGUGGUGUAUUUAUUCAACAAGCUGCCUGAAGCGUCGAGUCAAGCCCUGUUCGCUGAUAGCCAAGCUCACAUCUGGGCGCUGGAAGGACUGUCUCAUCUGGUGGCCGCUUCGUUUUCCGAGGACAAGUACGGAGUGGUGCAGACUACAUUACCCAGCAUCCUCGACAGCAUGCUCUCCCUUCAGGAGGCUGUGGACCGGCACUUCAAGCUCCCUCACGCCUCCAGUAAACCAGUGAAGAGUCCCAGCAGUUUUGGCGACUCCUCGUAUAAGACGCUGCGCUUCGCUCUGAGAGCCGCUCUGAAAACCGCCGUCUACAGGAUCACCUCAACGUUCAGAGAGAAUCUCAACGCCGUCUCCGUUUCUCCGGAGCAUCAGAAGCGACUUCAGCAGUUCCUGCAAUUUAAAGAGUAGCACUUCUUCUUCAGCUUUGUCUUCUCCGGCUCGGUCUGAUGGGCGUCGACGCUCUGUGUGGCUCGGCCCGAGCGCUCCUGUUAUUGCAGACAGAAGCUUCAGACAGAAGUGGAGGACGUUUGAGAGCGUGAGAAGCGUUUCUAAGAAGCUCCUGCUGAGGAUUAAAGAUGCUCCGAUUGUUUAAAGCAGGAGACUAAAUUAGUGCACCCUGUUUGUUUGUUUGUUUUGUUUGUUUGUCUUGAUGGUAAAAGCGCUGGACUGAUCAGUGAUCAAUGAGGAGCAUCUGAGGAACGUAGCUGAGAUGUUCUCCUGCUCCUGGAAUAAAUAUCUGGACGCAAUCAUUUUGUUCUAUUCUGGUCUCGUUUUGUUCAGCCAAUCAGGCGAGAGCUGCACAAAUUAGACCUGAUUUAGUCAUAACCGAACAUAAAGAAACAUGAGCUUCACUCGGCUCUGCACUGGCAGUCUCGGGGCCUUUGGAAUGGCGUCUUUAUCGGGCCCCUCACAUACUGCUGCCCUGAUUAACACAGCCGAUGCCACCUGAGCCUCCGUCACAUCUCCAGCUGUAGUGAACGUGGCCUAAUAUCUUUCGCACCGAGUGCCCCGUAGGACCGCACCCAGUUCGGGGUGUAUGGUUGUAAUUCUGAAUUGCCUGAUACAGACGCAGUGAUGUCAUCAGCCCCCUUUUCUGAUUGGUUGGGGGGAAAUAUUAGAAUUUUCGUAUUAAAGCUCCAGUGUAAUUAAACUUAUUGUGAGUGAGUUUCUGGCGGCAUCUGGUGGUCGGAUGUGGAACUGCAGGUGGAUUUAUUAAUUACAUGCAUAAUUAGGUGCCAAUUCUUCAUUAUUCACUGCUUUAUUUCCAGUACUUAUUAAAAACACUCUCUCUCUCUGUGUGUGUGUGUGUGCGUUCUCGAUCAGAACACUUUAAGAUCAGUUUUCGCUUCGUGGUGCGUUCACUGACUGUACAUGUUUGUAUUGCGAGCGUUCGCGAGUGUUACGGAUCUUCAGUGUUUCUUCACUUUCAUACCAAAAGCCAUGAAGUGUUCUGGUGCAUUUUGUAAAGUUUGUAAAACAAAAUCAAUAAAUAAACCAGAUUUUUCACGU